UACCAAUUUAUUAGCUUUUCACUAGCAGAAAAAUGAAAAAGUACAUGUGACGAGUCUUAUUGAGGCCUAGGCGCAGCCGCGGGAUUACCCUUGGUCGAGGAGAGUACAUCCGGACGCAAAAGUGGCGGCUCAGUUCUAAGACGCGAGCCGAAGCCUCAGUCCUUCUACGCGUAUUAUCCAAGACGGCACAGGCUUGAGUUCUACGAGUAUAAUUGAAUCAAAGACAGGAGCAUAACAGCGACAGCCAAGAAACGAAGAUGAAGAAGUCUCUUUCCUCUGCAAUGUCUCCGAGGAUCCAACGGGGCUCCACGCUGUCGCCGGAGAAGAAACUACGAAUCGAGUACGAUGAGGAACGGCAGGUCAUCAUGGCAAAACAUCGGGAAGAGGUUUAAUUUGAGACCUUCGUGUUGAUAAGGAUGUACUUAACUAGAUGUUUUUGUUUCUUCUGAUUUGGUUUUGCUUUUUCAGCUAGUGUGUACCAAGAAUGAACUUUGUAGAUGUUGGCAGUGAGAAUAUAAUUCGUACAAGUACUAGAAUGUUGAAGUGUGCGUGUCAAGCGACAACCUUUGUAUUCUAUCCUGUCAGCUGCAAUCAAUGACUGCUCGAUGCGAUGACGAAAUUUCGAGAACGACGUGCGGUCUGAAACAGCAACACGAGGAGGAAAUAGGAGAGCUGAAGCGUGCGGUGAAAUAUGGCCAUAUUAAUGAACACGUAGAUUAGAACGGAUGGGACCUACGAGUAUUGUAGCGAGUCAGACUAAGUACAUCUGCUCUUUUAAAUUCUUUAAAAUGUUGGCGGGUCUAUCCGUCUUCCUUUCCGAUAGUGCGUUUCCUAGGACUUUCCGAUAGUGCAUUUUCCAUUUUUAGAUUUGCACAACUUCGACCUAGCAGUUGUAUCACACGGUUUGAUCAACAUUAUCCCUCGUUUCUGUUGAGAUGAGAUGGGCAGUAGCAACCUGUCCUGCUAUCCUAUCCUAUUUAUCCCUCGUUUCUGUUGAGAUGAGAUGGGCAGUAGCAACCUGUCCUAUCCUAUCCUAUCCUAUUAGAUGAACAUUAUCCCUCGUUUCUGUGCCUCCUUUUCACACCUCCUUCAUCAGACGGGUCUGGAGAUAGAGUACACCUCUGACCUCGAGAGAGUUCGGGAGGAGCGUGUGAAGGAGAAACAUGCCUUUGAGGAACGAUUGGAGCUUUUAGAGAAGAAGCUGAACCAAAGUCGAAGAGAGUUCGACUUGGAAAGGAGACAACUGGUCUCACAAAAGCAGGAAUUGCAGGUUCUAUAGCUCUACUCGAAAACUGAAAAUAGCCGAGUUACAUAUAUAAAUUGAUCUAUAGACUACUUCUGAUUUACUUUUCAAAAAAAAAAAUAACCGAGUUACAUAUAUAAAUUGAUCUAUAUUAGACUACUUCUGAUUUACUUUUAAAAAAAAAAAUAACCGAGUUACAUAUAUAAAUUGAUCUAUAUUAGACUACUUCUGAUUUACUUUUCAAAAAAGGACUUUUCAAAAAAAAAUCUAUUGUCAGGUGGAACGCGACAGUGUUAAAGUUAAGGCUCAGCUUUCAAUGGUCAUUGGGGUUGGUCACUGAGAUCGAAGAGGCGACCCCUUGCGGAAAGAUGAGGGGAAAACUAAGGGAAAGGGGAGAGCUUUGAAGGGGGUCCCUUCCGUUCAGAGUCAGUGACCCUUGAAUGCUGAGCUUUAAUAAAGAGAUGCACCAGAGCUACGUGGACUUGUAUGGGAAUAUCCUAACCAAGAAGGAGGACUCUCACGCGAGGCAGCUAGCCGAGCUAGCAGCAGAUCAGGCGCGCGAGAAGGAAGAGGCAUUGCGGUUAUGAUAACCAUUUACUCGUCAUACUAUACGGUUAUGAUUUUACUCAUACUUUUCUUUUUUCGGUUUUUGUUUUUUCUAGUUAGAUAUGCUCCAGCAACAUACUAUACGGUUAUGAUAACCAUGAUGAGUACAACCUACCAUGAUGAGUGACUAUUUAGUGCUCUUUAUGACUAGCCUGGCUGUUGUACUAGUCAUAAAGAGCAGCGUUGGGUCUUAACCGCAACGCCUCUUCCUUCAAGUGAGUAUGAGAAGUGUAAGUAGUAGUAACAGAGUAAAGUAGAAAAAGAAAUAGUUCCUUGAAGAAGAGUAAGUAGUGCUCUUUAUGACUAGUAGUAGCAGAAUAUAGGGACCACUCGAAGUUGAGCAGCAACAGAGCUCACUCUAAUAUGCGUGGUCGGAAGAGAAAAAGCAAAACUCGAAGAGCAAAUGGAAAGGGAAAAGGGAGUGAUGAGUCGUACUACUGCUAUUUCUAUCACUUCUUUGGUAGUCUAAGUACUUACUUGAUGCUGAUACAUAGUUGUCGAUUUGAUCUAAUUGAUGCUGACACUUGAUCUAAUUGAUUCGCGUCUCCAACAAAACCACACCACUUGCACUUUAAUUAUCACCCCUCAAACUCAGAGGAAAAGCAGCUCCUCUCCGUGGAGUUGCAGAGUGCAAGACAUCAGUGUGAGGAUUUGCGAGCACAACUAGCAGCGAGGGAAAAAGAACACGAGGAUUUUCUGCGGGAACAUGCGAUAAAGCAAAGCGACCAUCAUACGAAAGUGGCUCUGAGGAAUCUUUAUGGAUGCAAUAAUUGGAAAUAUGUUAUCAAACUCAACAGAGUUUCACAUAAGUUAAACUCAGAGUAAUUGGAAAUAUGAUAUGUUAUCAAACUCAGAGUUUCACAGUGAAACAGAGAGAUUUUCACAGUGAUUCUUGCAAAGCCAUUAAUCGAUCCACUACAUUGUCUAAAUUUGGAAAGUCAUUAUCCCACUGCAUUGUCUAACUAUCACUAGAAGAUAUCACUAACUAUAACACUUCUAGAAGAGCCUAGAAAAGCAGCAAGAGGAGAUGGCUCUAUUGUUCGCUACUCUAUCUCCGCUCUAACCCCCACUAGAAGAGCAGCAAGAGGAGAUGGCUCAGUUGGAGACGCGGAGACAGACCGAGAUCCAACAUGCUAGGGCGAAACUGCGGUCGUUGGAGACAAGGUACGAGCACAACCUGGAAAAAUUGAAGGAGGACUUUGAGGUCCGACUAAAAACCGAAAAGGAACAGUGGAAAGCGAAUAGUGCCGCGUUAGCGAAGGUUGAACUGGUAAAUAGUGAGGCAUUAGCAAAGGUUCUUGAACUGGUACUGCUUUAGAAAGCGAAUAGUGCUGCGUUAGCAAAGGUUCUUGAACUAGUACGUAAAAACUGAAUUUAAAGUUGUUUAUUUUGUGAUUACAACAGUGACACUGUUGUAUGCUCCUCUUUUUUCUCAUCUUUUCUUCAACUGUCCCUGCAGGCUCUCGCUCUCGUCAUGCCUCUGGCAGACGCGAACUCCCUAUCUUCAUCUCUAGAGUCAUCCUAUUCAAACCUAUGCUUUACCUCACUUCAGGCCGAACUCGAAGAUAAGCAUCUUUCAGAGCUAAUAGAGAAGGAUAAGGAACUACAGACUAAGAUCGAAGCAUCGACACGAGAUUUGCGGCGAAACCUUGAAAUUAUGGCAUGGCUGAGUGCUAGCCUGUGGAAAUAAAGUUGCAGUUUUUGAAUAUCACUCUGUAAAGGUGCUAGAGAUUUUUGCCUGGCUGAGUAAGAAGUACUACCCUAUCGAAGAGUUGCACCAGUUGUUGAAUUCGUAAAGGUGCUAGAGAUUUUUGGAAUUUCUGAAUGUACUUUUAUGGGUCAACGAACAUCUUCUUCUCUAGUAGGACGAUCAUCUUCUUUUCUAGUAGUACGAUCACCUUCCGAUGAUUGACACUUUCAUCCGUUACGAAAAAGAAGACAAAUUGGCUCUCCAAAAGGCUGAUUUCGAACGGCAGAUCUCUUAUCUGUCUGGUCGUUUCGAGCAGCAGCUGGUCGAGAAAGAAACUGAGUUGCUCGAAGAGAAACGCGAAUACCAGAAGAUGACCACCUCCCAGAUAUUAAGGCCUCCCACAAUUUUUAUGCAUCUUCAGGAGCAUUUCUUGGAGCUAUCCUAUUUAAGGAGAGAGAAGUUCUUCAGAAGCAUCUUGAAGCUGUCCCAUUAUAGAUACGGAGAAAGAAAUUGUACCAGCAUAGCAGUCCCAAACGGAGAACGAACUUGAAUCAGGAUGCAGCUGAGGAGCCAAGAGGGAUAUGAGCACUACCUCUAAGGAUAAUCGCCCUAGAGGAUCAAAAGCACGAAGCGAUGCGUGGUUGGGAGGAAAGGGUUACAUCGUUGGAGUCUGAGAUCGAAACGGUGAAAGACGAAAAAGAUGGUGUAAUAGAGCAGAUGAAGUUGCAGGAGGCCAUUUGGCGAGGAUGUUAUCGCCAAGUAAAACAUUUGAGGUGCGUAGUGGAAGCCUUUCGUCCGGCUUUGAAGCGGAAAAAUUUAAGGCACUUGUUCUGGGUAGACUCAAUAUCCAAAUCACCUGUUGCUAGUGUAGACUCAGUAUCUGCUUGUGGUCUGUCUGUAGUAUUUCUGUAUGCUGUUAUCUCUCUUUCUAACUCCUGAUUUAGGCGCCACGUCGAACUCAGUUUCCUCGCCUGCCAGGUCUGUGACUACUGCGAACCAUUCGGCGACAAGCAACAACAGGAUGACAAAAAAGACCACUUCUGGUGCACACACUAGUGCUGUUGGUGCACCUCAACAGACUCAGUUGUCUUACAACAAUACUAGUACAAAUCGCCAAUUGGGUAGUACAACCACUUCACAAGCGCAGAGACACACAAGCACAUGCGGAUCGGUAGCUGAGGUUGACUCUGAACGAAUGGACGCUGCCGCAGCGUCUAGUGGGUCUUUUCGUCCAAGCAGCUACUGUGUGAUUAAGGCUAGACACUCACUCUUUGGCGUGAGGUAUCCUGGGUCACGUACGCGCUUUCCUUGACUUAAAAGGGAAAGCAAGGGGAAGCUUGGCGUGAGGUAUCCUGGGUCACGUACGCGCUUUCCUUGACUUAAAAGGGAAAGCAAGGGGAAGCUUGGCGUGGGGUAUCCUGGGUCACGUACACGCUCCCCUUGAGUUAUAAUUCAAAGGGUCAGGAAAGCAACUCUUGACCUCUUGACUCAACCACAGGUAGUGAGGCUCUAGCGUUAAUGUGAUCAACUUGCAAGAUAAACGAGGUGGAAGUUCUGUAGGUGGGGUGGUCGGUCGAGCUGGCCCAUUCUCGGGAAGCAGCGCUAGUGGGGGGUCGCCUCGUGCCGAGCGCAGUCUGACAGCAUCGAGGAGCGCUGCUGUGACGUCGGUUCGGUCACCGAGUACAAAUACAGGCCCAAUGCGAUCAAACAAAACUGUGGUUAGAUUAUGACUGUCUAAUGAGAGAAGAAGGAUGCGUAUUACUUACUCAUCGAUGUUGCUCAUCGUGUUAUCCAUCGUUUUAUAUUGACUAAGUGUAACUCAACAUCUCUCCCUCUCUUCCCACUUCCUCCUGAUUAUAGACUUGUCGAGAGUUCACCCUAAUUGAUAAUAUACAUAUAGCAUUUAUUGAUUCUAAUUUCAGUAGAAUAAGACUCUUCAUCUGUGAGAUUGCACUAAGUUUCUUGAUAUUCUAAGGUCUACAUCAUGCUUAUUGAUUCUAAUCUCCGAUGAACUGCACCAAGACGAGCAGCAGGACUUCGGAAGAGACCGUAACCCGACUCUACUGGAAUUUUCGCCACGUUCUCGAACAGCCAUAAGCCGCACACCAGAGAGCGUCCGAAAGAUAUGAAUGGACGUUUAAUUGUUGUUGUUGUUGUUCUUGUCUCAGUAAAGUUGAAGUACAAGUACGUUCCCCUCUCCUCUAUACACUCGUAUGACUUGCAAAGUUGUCUCUCUCUCUCUGAAUAUGUUAAUGAAAGCACUUUUACAGGACCACCAGACGAUUCCAGAUGGUCGCGUGUUGCUAGGAUGAGGUGACAAAAAUAACUACGCCUCAACUACAAGAGGCUUCCUUUCAUAAUGCAGCAACUCUUCGACCAGCCUGUACGUGACCGCCAGUAGGGCAUGAUCACCGCCAGUAGGGCAUGAUUGUGUGGGCAGAUGGCGAUAUUGAAGCGAAGUUGGUGUGGAGCGCGAAGAAGGCUCUUCGAAUGAACGGUUUUUAGCGUAUUUCGAGAUUUACAGAGCUUUUUGUGGCUUAUCAUGAUAUGGGACGUUUGAAGAUGAUGUCAUACACGCAACACGUACACGGUCAGGUAUAAGGAAUACAAAUGCACUCUACGUUGUUACGGAGGUAGACCUAUGAGGAAAGUACUAUCAUACCAGAGUAACUAUGAAAAAACAGUACAGAUGGCGAUGGAAAAAGACAAAUGAUUGCAGCAGGAAGCACCGAAACAACUACUUAGUCAAUGCAUCACUCUCUUCGAAAAUAAAUCUGAAAGAUCUAGUAGAUCAAAAAUGCACCUGUAAUUCUCAGUAUAAACGUAUUUCUAUAGCAGGCUUGUGCGCUUUCAACAUUAUCAUUGUAUAAAGAACAGUUAAACAGCCACUCAAGAAAAAUAUCUCGUAACGAUAGAGUCUGGGCAAUUGUAAAGUCUUUUUGACCUCGAGACAUAAAAUGAACCCCAACAUGAAGCAAAUCUUCAAGGAGUAAGAGAAAAGUAGCACAGUCUUGACUUCUGCACUGUCAAACGUUGGAAUUUCUCGAUGUUGCUUGUCGUCUAAAUCAAAUAUUGAGUUCUACUACUGUACCGCUGCGUGCAACAAGAACAGCC